CGCAUUGUUAGUGUUGAUGCUUUCUGAUAAGCAGUACAAAAUGGGACCUGAGUUUCCGUAAUAUAUGAGCUAUAAAAACAGAACAGAAUCCUUUUAUUAUCAUUAUGGGAGGGCAAGGUGUAAUGGCAAACGAGGAAUCGCUGGAUUAUUCGGUGCAUGAAGCGUGGAAUGAGGCCACUAAUGUUUACCUACUGGUUAUUCUGGUCAGUUUCGCCCUGUUGAUGUACGCCAGAAAAAAUAAGAGGAAGAUUAUGCGUAUAUUUACGCUGCCACCGACAGUAGGAACCCCAGCAGAGCCGAACUUCUACGACAGUCUGCAGAAAGUCCGGCUAAGACAACAACUGGAAAUGUAUUCCAUCGCUCGUAAAUAUGAUCAGCAGAACCAGCAGUCGGACAGUGUGCAGCUGUCAAUAGAGUGAUCUCACAGUAGGGGGCGCUCUUUACCCACCAAUGGUACAAAUGAAUGAAGGCAGUACGGCCAAAUCUGAGCUGACAUGCCUCAACUCUACAUAGACUCAGAAGUGGGUUGUGUGGGGUACUGUUACAUUUGUUUGAUAUCAAGAGCUGUUUUACAUCUACAUACCCCUGAAACAUUGAGGAUAAGGAGGCAUUUAUUUGAUGUGAUUUUCCUAAGCAAGCUUCAUUGGACUAUGACACCGAUGAAAGUGAAAGUGUAACAUUGUUCUUUGUAUGUUCAUGUAAAUGCUUAAAAAAUUAAUUGACUCCAGACAUCAUCCAUUUACAUGGAAGCAUUGGAAUUAAAGUAACAUUUUACCAACUUACUACUAAAUGACUAUUGAGCACACAGGUUGAAAAUACUGUGAUGAAUGCACUGCCAUGCACACUUGACACAAGCUUCUCCAGUGCUGUAGCCAUGUGUUAUAUUGCCCUCUAGUGCUAGCUGACAUAAAUGUCAGUAGUUGCAGCCUGUUUUAUAAAUCGGAUAAAAUGUAUAAUAUUAAACAAGUUUCCUUAAAGGGCAGUCACUUGUAGGUAUUAUUGAAACAACUACAUUGGUGGAUAAGCAUGAGUCAGUCAAUAUGCUUUUAAAGCUAGUUUUUUUGUGACAACCUCUCCAGUAAACAAAAUAUUCUGUGCACAUGAAUCUAGUUAUUGUGAGAAAUGCUUUUUACGCAACACUAUUAUGUACUUGUGGUGAUUUGCGUGGGCAAAUCACAUCUUCAGAUAGCAUUGUUUUUUCUUGUUUCACAUUAUUGUUAUAAAAUCGAGUGAUGUAUAAAAAGUGCAAUAAACGAGUCCAAGCGAUA